CGGUGAUAUGUCAAGACCGUGAUAGAGCGAUUUCGUCGGUCUGGUAAGAGUCAAAAAUCGUGUAAUAAUGGAGGCCGAAUUACUUUCGGUUAAUAUGACCGGCAAUUACACCGAUCAUCCGACGUUUCCGAGGCCUGUAACCAUCAUCGCCGCUGUCUGCGCCAUCGUUUUUGGAAUCGUUGGAGUCACAGGCAACCUGAUCACGGCGAUAGCUCUCCUCAAGUAUCCAAGGAUAAGGAAACAUGCCACCACCGCAUUUGUAAUCAGUCUGAGUAUUUCGGAUCUAGUAUUUUCGGCGAUCAAUAUGCCCGUCACAGCGAGUCGCUACAUCGAGUUACAUUGGAUUCUCGGUGAAGUGAUGUGCAGGAUAUUUCCAAUAUUCUUCUACGGAAAUGUCGCGGUUUCUCUGCUCAGCAUGGUCGGCAUAACGAUCAACAGAUACCUGUUGAUUUCGAGGCCGGACAUUUACCCGGAGAUAUACACAGAGCGAAGAAUAACGAUGAUGCUGGUUGGUAUAUGGGUGGUCAGCUUCAGUAUCCUGAUACCAUCGCUGCUGGAUAAAUGGGGAACUCUUGGGUUGGAUGAGAAAACAUUCUCAUGCACGAUACUGAAGAAGGACGGUAGGAGUCCAAAGAAGUUGCUGUUCAUUAUCGGUUUCGCGAUACCGUGUUUUGUGAUAAUCUUGUCCUAUCUCUGCAUUUACUGGCGGGUCCGUCAGAGCUUGAAAAAAUUGCAAGCCCAUUCCGGAGGUAAACGGGGUGGUUUUCAACGCAAGGAAGACUCGCGGGUUACGCGACUUAUGCUGACGAUAUUCGUUUGCUUUUUACUCUGCUUCAUGCCGCUGAUGGUCGCCAACGUCGUCGACGAGGAAAUGGAGAGGCCAGUUUUCAACGUUAUAGCCUCCAUACUAUCGUGGGCUUCGUCUGUCAUCAACCCCUUCAUUUACGCCGGCACCAACAGACUUUAUAGAGAAGCUUACAAGCAACUUUUGUGCCCACCGAGGACGAGUAACAAAAAUUUUAGACCUCCAAGGCCGACUCAUUCUCAUUCUAGCAAAGUUUCAACGCCAAACGUGACGUAGCGUUUUUACGUAAUACUUUUUUUUAUUAUUGAACUUGUUUUUUUUUUUCUAUCACCAAAGAAUGCAGGACUCGGGAGAAGGAAACCAUUUUUUACACAUGUUGGAAGUAAAAAAAUUCUGUUGUGCAUUUUAUUGUGCAACUAUGAAUGAGUUUGAACAAUUGAUUUACACUUUUUUUUCGUAUGAAAAUUGCUGGUAACAAGUGAAUCUAAAAGAUUAUACAAAUUUUCAUCUCAAUAAACUGUCAUCAAUAUACAAUAUGUUUAAUUUUAUAUGUAUGUAUACGUAUAUAUAUAUUCAAAAAUUAAAUAUUAUCGAUAACUAUUAUACAAUUUGUAUAGUGGCGUUGGAAAAGUCUACGAUUUUGAAUUAUGUAUAAUAUGUUUUGUAUAGUAGUGAAAACGAAUAUUUUCUAUGUAUAAGGCGUACAAUAUCGCGAUUUCUCUCAUUACAUAUUAUGUCUGCUAGUAAAAUGAGUAUUUGGCUACGAAAAAGAUUGUAUAAAAGUCACAAAAUAAUCAUAUUGAUAAUAAUUAUAAUAAUACUGAAAAAAUCGAAUAAAAUGUACGGAUUAUUAAGACUUCACUCGAUUCAAUAGUAAAUAUCUAAUUUAUCAGUUACCUUACAACUUAUUAUAUUUAUACUGAUUGCUUUGCAAUCAGUAUUAUUUGGACGGAAUCGUGAAGUACAGUGUAUCAUUUUCGAAUAUCAAUAUACGACAUCGCGUAAUCAGAUCUUUUGGUUGCAAAAGAAAUAAAAAAAGAAAAUUCUCUACCCUUUCAACAAAUCAAAAUAAUCAAAUGGUUUUCGCAAACCGAUGAGACUAAAAGCUCAAAUUAAGCUACCUUGUAUAGAUUCAGUUAUUAAUAUACUUACGGUAUAAAACGUAGGCCAAAACACGCUUUUCCGUUAAACUAUUCUAGAGGCAAAUUUUGCUCGCGUUACUGAAUGCAAAAAAGUACAAAUGCUAUCACUGAUGAGGAUUCAAGACGUUCUUGACUGGAACAAACGAUUCAAUAAAUACUCCUUCACUUUUUUCUUUCAGCUAUCGACAGAUAAUA